AUGACUGAUACAAAUAACGUGAAAGUUAGUUUACUGUCUGAAGAUGCUUUGAAAAUUUUACCAGAUGCCAAAUCAAGUGGGUUUAUUAAUAUCAUUAAAGAAAUAGUGAGCGCUGGUUUCAAAAGCCACAAAGGACAAGUGAAAGAGGAAAAUUAUAAUAUUCAUUUCACACAAAACUUGAAAAAAUACUCAACAAUCUCAUCAUCACCAUUAAACUACGUUGAGAACUUUGGUAGAAAUGAUGUUUUCAAUGAAUCUAAAGCAGCUGCUAUGAAGUGUAUAUUAUUUGCUCAUGAAAAUAUUGAACAAAAUAAACGUCUUGAACGCACUUAUCUCAGUAAACGAAGACAAUCGUGCAUAUUUUCAGAACUUAUGAAACAUCAGUCUUUGAGUGAUCGUUCAGCUGUCUUCCAUGCCCUUCAAUUAAAUAAAACGCGACAAGACAAUCGAGAAGCAUUAUUUACUGCUUUGUCAUUGGUUGAAGUGAGCGCUGGUUUCAAAAGCCACAAAGGACAAGUGAAAGAGGAAAAUUAUAAUAUUCAUUUCACACAAAACUUGAAAAAAUACUCAACAAUCUCAUCAUCACCAUUAAACUACGUUGAGAACUUUGGUAGAAAUGAUGUUUUCAAUGAAUCUAAAGCAGCUGCUAUGAAGUGUAUAUUAUUUGCUCAUGAAAAUAUUGAACAAAAUAAACGUCUUGAACGCACUUAUCUCAGUAAACGAAGACAAUCGUGCAUAUUUUCAGAACUUAUGAAACAUCAGUCUUUGAGUGAUCGUUCAGCUGUCUUCCAUGCCCUUCAAUUAAAUAAAACGCGACAAGACAAUCGAGAAGCAUUAUUUACUGCUUUGUCAUUGGUUGAAGGUGUUCAAUUUGAAGAGUAA